CCUCAGCGUUAAACCGGAAAUACGUCACUUCGUCGUUGGAACCUUCAGCUGUCAGACUUUGGCCACCCCGGUGCAGGUUGCGUUAGCAAACUCGCGGACUGUUUAGAUUGAUAAAAAGUUGUGCAUCCAUCCGAUUUUCGAUAUUUUAUCACGGAAACUUUUCGUUUACGCAUCGAGCUUGCAGGAGCACCAACCGCCUCGUUUUAAUUGCCGCUGGAUGUGCAGCGAUCCUGAGCGGGUGUAAGAGUAAAUGUAGGGAGGGAGGGAGUAGGGAAGAAGAAGAAGAAAAAAAAGCUAAAAGUCUUUGUACUUCCCUUCCCCCCCAUCAAAGCAAAGGGGAAAUGUCUCUCUCCAAAGGAGAACGCCUCACAAGCCCCAUUAGGUCAGACCUGGCAGGUCCCGACCAGGUGAAACUGACAGAUGACUCACCAAAAGGCAAGAAAAAGAUGCCUGGGCCGAAGCUGCCCAAAGAAGUUUUCAUGUCUCCUCCACCAACAGCUGCAGCGCCUCCUCGAGACCUCGACUCCAAGGCUUGUGUCACAAUCGGCGAUCAGAACUUUGUGGUGAAGGCGGACGACUUGGAGCAGAUAGAAGAGCUGGGGAGGGGAGCUUACGGAGUCGUGGACAAGAUGAAACACGUGCCCACCAACGUUAUCAUGGCCGUCAAGAGGAUCCGUGCCACCGUAAAUACUUUGGAGCAGAAGAGGCUGCUGAUGGACCUGGACAUUUCCAUGAGGACGGUGGACUGCCACUAUACUGUGACCUUUUAUGGCGCCCUGUUUAGAGAGGGUGACGUCUGGAUCUGUAUGGAGCUGAUGGACACCUCGCUGGAUAAAUUCUAUAAGAAGGUCAUUGAAAAAGGCAAAACCAUUCCUGAGGACAUCUUGGGAAAGAUCGCAGUAGCAAUUGUCAAAGCAUUGGAGCAUCUGCACAGAAACCUGUCGGUGAUACAUCGAGAUGUGAAGCCUUCCAAUGUCCUAAUCAACACUCUGGGCCAAGUGAAAAUGUGUGACUUUGGCAUCAGCGGCCACCUGGUGGACUCUGUGGCUAAAACCAUGGAUGCCGGCUGCAAGCCGUACAUGGCGCCUGAACGGAUCAACCCGGAUCUUAACCAGAAAGGCUACAGUGUGAAGUCGGACAUAUGGAGUCUGGGCAUCACCAUGAUCGAGCUGGCCAUUCUAAAAUUCCCCUAUGACUCAUGGGGCACCCCGUUCCAGCAGCUCAAGCAGGUGGUGGAUGAGCCGUCUCCCCAGCUGCCUGCAGACCGUUUCUCUCCAGAGUUUGUAGACUUUAUCUCACAGUGUUUAAGAAAGGCGCCAAGGGAACGACCAGCUUAUACAGAGUUAAUGAAUCAUCCAUUUUUCACCCUUCACGACUCCAAAGAGACAGAUGUGGCCAGUUUCGUCAAGGACAUCCUGGAUGCCUGACGGUCUUCCCUCCAGGCUCCACCUUACGCUGGUGUGGGCGGGACCUUUUCGCACACGAACCAAUGGCCCUACUUCUUUUUUUUAUGAUUAAACUCACUGGAAUGACAGACUUUUUACGGCAGGGGGAGGACACAAGGACUGCCAGCAGUAACUGGAGUGGGAGAGCGUUGCAACCAUAAACUGAUACGAUUGAGAUUUCCGCCACUCCUCCAGGCUCUCUGUGCAAACAGUUAACUCCCCCCCAUAUGUCGAAUAUUUUUACUUUUGACUUCGACCCCUUUAUGCGUCUCUACGGUGGACAGAGCCAGCAGUUAUUUGUUUGCAGCGUAAAAAUGUUUGCAUACUUUUUUGAGUUUUACUUUCCAACGCAAACCCUUCGUUUUGUGUACUGAAAGCUAUAUAUGCCAAUCUGUUUUUUCCUCAUUACUCAAAGGUUUGAUACUGUAUUUUUGUCAACUAUGAAUUUUUUUUUUUUUUUUACCAAACUGUGGCCUUGUUGGUGCGCCCCAGGUUGGGACGGGGUCACAACAAACACGAAAUGUCAAAGGUCACUCUCUGGUCAGGAUCCGUCGUUUUCUUCUUUCAUCAACGUGAGCUCCAGUGUUGUGAUCGGAACUACCUGGAAGUAUUCAGGGGUUACCUGGUCAAGCUUACAGCUUUAUCUGUUCCUAUGUGCCAAUUUUUUUGCAUAAAUUGAUGCAUUAAUUGUUUAUUGUUCUCUUUUGGGCUUUUUAAUUACAGAACUCUUCGAUCUUUACCCCAAUGCCUCAGUUCUGGUGUCAGUGUAAUAGUUUUUUUUUUUUUUUGAGGCACUUCUGUUUUUUUCUUACGCCUUACACAGACAACAUGUUAGGGGAAUAAUUUAUGUGUUAAAGAUGUAAAUAUUGUCUUUUUAUGGACUAUGGCACUGUCCCAGAGGAUCUGAAUGUUCGUUUUGGAGGUCACCUGUUUCGGAUCGAUGUGCUGUCAGGCUCCGCCUCUCAGGUUUCUGGUAGUUUGUGGAGGCGGCCCAGUUCCCUGUUUGUUCUCCCCUCUCUACAGGUCGUGCACACCUCCAGCGCUGGACCAAGAUCCUCAUUCAGUUCUCUGUUUGGUCUCACCACACACUAUGCAGAACCCCCCCCCACCUCACAUGGACGUGGCGAAAGCUUUCCACUGCCCCCCCAAGUGCUGGGAGACUGGCGGCUCCUCUGGUUCACACUGGUUUUCUCAGCGUUUUCAGUGAGUUAGGAGUAUUUAUGAUUGUGAAUAAUAAGGGAAAGUUAGUGGCACCACUAGGAAGCUGCUGUUUCUUCUUUCUGUCGGCCAUCUUUGGAUGUUGAAACACUCGUAACAAUAAGAAUGGAACACUUGCUCUACCUCUUCAUCCUUCACUCUGUGCAUCACCUCCUCGCCGGGUGGAACUGACAAACUUGAACUCCACAAAAGACAAAAAAAUAAAAGCUUUAUUCAGUACAUUUAAAAACGUGUCUAUUUCAGCUCCGUCUUUGUGUGACUGGAGUUUGUUUUCCAUCCUCUUAAAAGUGAUACUGUAAAGAAGGUGCGAGGUAACGAAAGUCUGAUGGAUGUGAAGGAGGGAAACUGUACACCGCUGCACAUACAUGUGCUUGUCCGCUGUAACUGAAAGCCUCUAAGUGCAGUUUUAGUCGUGACCUUCUGUAGCCCAGCAGAAUGCUCGUUGGAUUUUAUUUGUGGGUCAUGACCACAGCGAUAAUUUUCUUUAUUUUUUUGCCGUGAUAUGAAGCAAGAUUUUGAGUCCUCGAGGAGAGUUCACCAUAUUUUAUCAGCAUGAAACUUACAAUAAUUUUGAAUGUAUGAAGACUAAAAGUCUAACAGCUGCAGCAAGUUUUCCUUAAUUAAAACAUAUAUAUAUGA